AAAACAAUGGAAGAAACCAAGCUGAGAUCAUUAUCUUCUUCUUCUUCUUUCUCUUCGCUGCCAGAAAAUGUCAUCGGGACUAAUAAUAACUGUCAUCAAGGCCGAAAGAGCUUAAGAAUCCACAUUCCCAUGACUAAUCCGAGCCGCGCCUUUUCUGCAAUCACAUAUCUGAUGCAAGAAGAUGAUCAUCAUCAUCAUCGGGGUAACAAGAAAGGGUUUCACAUUAAUAAGGCCAAGCUUCGUCAGGCCGAGAAGAUGAUACGCGGCGCAUUCAUUGAGCUCUACAAAGGACUGGGAUAUCUCAAGACUUAUAGGAACCUGAACAUGCUUGCUUUUGUAAAGAUUUUGAAGAAAUUUGACAAAGUUACUAACAAACAAGUCCUCCCCAUUUAUAUUAGAGUGGUUGAAAGCACCUACUUCAACAGCUCAGACAAGAUUCUAAGGUUGGCUGAUGAGGUUGAGGAGAUCUUCAUUAAACAGUUUGCUGACAAUGAUAGAAGAAAGGCCAUGAAAUACCUUAAGCCUACUCUCAAAAAAGACUCUCAUGCUGUUACCUUCUUUAUUGGCUUGUUCACCGGAUGUUUCAUAGCACUAUUAGUCGGAUAUCUAAUCAUGGCUCAUAUUACUGGGAUGUACAGACAACCUGAAUCAAACACACUCUACAUGGAAACAGUGUAUCCUGUUCUAAGCAUGUUCAGCCUGCUGUUCUUGCACUUGUUCAUGUAUGGGUGCAACAUUGUAAUGUGGAGAAAGAGCAGGAUAAACUACUCCUUCAUACUUGAGUUAUCCCCUAAACAAGAACUCAAGUAUAGAGAUGUGUUCUUGAUCUGCACAACUUCAAUGACCGUGGUGGUUGGUGUCCUUUUUCUUCACCUUUCCCUUGUGUCCAAAGGUUAUUCAUUUACACUAGUUCACUCCAUCCCCGGCCUUCUUCUACUGGGGUUUCUAUUGCUGCUCUUAUGUCCUUUCAACAUCAUCUACAAACCAAGCCGGUACCGAUUCCUGCGUGUGAUGAGGAACAUCAUUUUGUCACCUUUGUAUAAGGUUUUCAUGCUGGAUUUCUUCAUGGCUGAUCAGCUUUGCAGCCAGAUUCCAAUGCUGAGAGAGCUUGAGUAUGUGGCAUGCUACUAUGUAACAGGAAGCUACAAAAAUCAAGAUUAUGGAUAUUGCAUGAAAACCAAGUAUUAUAGAGACUUGGCUUAUGCAGUUUCAUUUCUUCCUUACUAUUGGCGGGCCAUGCAGUGUGCCAGACGGUGGCUGGACGAAGGGGACAGAAGCCACAUUGUAAACCUUGGGAAGUACCUGUCAGCAAUGUUGGCGGCAGGGGCAAAAGUGGCAUAUGAAAAGGAGACAGGCCUGGGGUGGCUUUGCCUUGUUGUUGCCAUUUCAAGUGGUGCAACAGUUUACCAACUGUAUUGGGACUUUGUGAAGGAUUGGGGUUUGUUCCAACCCCAUUCUCGCAACCCUUGGUUAAGGAAUGAACUUAUGCUCCACCAAAAGUUCAUUUACUACUUCUCCAUGGGGUUAAAUAUAAUUCUUAGGUUGGCAUGGAUGCAAACAGUGUUACAUUACAAUUUUGGGAGAGUAGAUUACAGGGUAACUGGCCUAUUUUUAGCUGCCUUGGAAGUCAUCAGGAGAGGCCAAUGGAAUUUCUAUAGGUUGGAAAAUGAGCAUCUCAACAAUGCUGGCAAAUUCAGAGCGGUUAAAACGGUUCCACUCCCUUUCCAUGAAAUCGACCAAGGAGAAUGAUUAUAUUAUUUUCCUUGUUCGGUACAACGCCAAAUUUCACAAUGGAUCUGUGUUUAGAGCAAUGUUAGGACUUUGGGGAAUUUUGUUUUUUUCUAAUCUUCCCUUUUUUUGUUUUGGGGGUGGGGUGGAAGAACUUGUAGGCUACAAAUGUUAACAACUCUUCCUAAUUUUGUUUGUUUGAGAUUAUAGUGAAUAAUAAUGUAAUGGUGCUGCU